AUGGCCCGAAUUACUCAUUAUCGCCGCAAUAACUGCAAUAACAAUGUAAUUUAUGGAAUAGUUAACUAUUCACAAAAUUGUAAUAACAAUGGUAACAACAACAACAACCAUAAUUCCAGACGCAUUGGACAAUGGUUGAAGCAAAGAAUCUACCCGUUAACAGAAGAAAAAACAUUAGAUUCUUACCAUUAUUUUUCCUCAACUAAUAAUAAUCGUAACGAUAUACGUGUAAACCGCAAUCAAUUUUUGUUAUUUUUAGCAAAAUACUAUCUUCAAACUGUAGAACAUGAUUUUAUCAAUAUUAAUCAUAAUAUGCUCAGUAAAGUUGUCGGUGAUUUAGAUAGAAGUUCUUCUGAUUACGAAAAAUACAAG